AUGUCAAAGCCCAAUGCAGACGGCAUUAAGUUGAUCAUGGACCAGCAUUCAGUGCUUGGAGAUCCAUGGGUUCCUGUUUAUGAAACCCCUGUGGACUUCAAGGCACUGCACUUUGAGCUGGCCAUGGCCAAUUUGAUCAAACAGCCAAACAUCAACUCCACGGUGAUCAUGAGAGCAGAUAUAUUGAAGGAGAACAUCUAUGACCCUGGAAGAGGUGACUCCACUUUCACAUCCAAACUUAUACUGGAGAUCCCUUCAUUCCCUACCAGUGAUCAAGACCAUCAACAUGAUGAUGAACAUGAACACGAUGAGGUGCUCACUCGGUACUUGGACGAUGUUACUCUCCGUACUAUCCCUCUAAACAAUAGCACUAUACAGCUCCAUACCAAAUGUGAAGCCAUAAGGAGAAUGAUACCGAGAAACCCCUUCAAAGACCAUAUCAUCAAUCAGACUUGUCUUAUACUAACCUCCUCCAAUGCCACUUCUGUGUUGGUUGUUUACAUCCCUCACAUCAAGAGUGAAGACGAGAUCCCCUUCUAUUUACCCCCGGUCUACGGAGUGGGGAUCUUAUACCACGACUGCAAACUUUCUAUCCAAUACCUUCCCUUUAACUACAACACAGAUCCCCUGGCUAGUCCCAAACUACGGGGAUUGGAUGUGGCUGAAAGACCCAUCCGUAUAGCCUUACGGUUAUUGAAAACCUCAGAUAAGCAUUCCAACGGUCAGAUGACUGGCUAUGAAAAAAGGGUGUACCAUGACUUGGUGGUUCCCAAGGUAAACUUCCAGAAUAGAUACAUCACUCUCAAGAAGAAGUACUCUUCCCAUUUGGUUAACAACUGGACAGAGAGCACCGACCCAAGGAAACAUGUGUUUGAAGACUUGGCUAUAGCUGCGUUCCUAAUUGAGUUGUGGGAUCUUCAUUACACCAAUGCUCCGGACUUUGAAUUCCGUGAUUUGGGGUGUGGGAAUGGCCUACUCGUGUACAUUCUUAUUAACGAAGGCUACAAGGGUAAAGGUAUUGAUGCUAGACAACGGAAAUCUUGGAAGACUUACCCAGAAGAAGUUCAACAAUGUCUCUUGGAGCAAGUGAUUGUACCUUCAAUCUUGCUUAAACCCCAUCCUGCGGUGAGACAAUUGAAUCCAAAGAUUACCGAUAACGGAAGAGUCUUCCGUGUAAAUGGGAGAAAUAACCAUCCACCCACAACUUACAAAUCAGCCGACCUUUUGCAUAACCCAAUGGUAUGUACUACCGAAGACUUCCCAACUAAUACAUUCAUCAUAGGCAAUCAUUCAGAUGAGCUCACCUGUUGGAUCCCGCUAUUAGGUUUCCCAUUUAUGGUGAUUCCAUGUUGUUCCCAUGCCUUGAACGGGAGUAGAGCCAGAUACCAUCCACGGAAGACCAUAGUGAAAACCGGCGUUCAACCAGUUGCACUGAUGUACGGGUGUUUGGUGGAUCAUGUUGAAGAUCUUUCUAAGCAAAUGGGAUGGAUAGUGGAGAAGGAAAUGCUUCGGAUCCCCAGUACUCGGAAUGCAGCAAUUAUUGGUAUGAACAAACUUCUGACUCAUAAAAGUGAUCCACCUGACGAUGUUGAUACCCGGGUUUUAGACCUUAUAGCUUCUGAAGGUGGAGCCGAUGGGUGGGUUGAAAAUUGCAUGCUACUUACAACUCUGUCUCCCAGAGGCCAUUAA